GUGUUUUUCGCUUUGAUGUAUUGACUAUAUAAUAAACAUGGGAUGAGAAAUCGAGACUGUAUAAGUACGGCAGACAAACGGCCGUUAUUGAUUUAGUAACGCGGUCGGCUGCGGAAGUUCGUCCUAUACAAUAUAGUAGGUACAUACCGGAAAAACGUUCUUGUCGUUUUUAAUACCUUUUUUUUUUGUGGACGCCUUUCCAGUCGAUUGUCUUGUUAUAUAUAUCAUACUUGAGUAGUUAAAUUCGCGAAAAUUUACUUCGAAAUAUAUACGCUUGUUCUCGUUUCGRAUGCCAGCAGUAUGAACUAUAUAAAAACUCCAAUUUCCUUCUUCAGGUCACCACUUGCGGUUAAGCAGUUAUUCGUUAAUCUAUUGUUGGCGCCGACAAUACUUACGCUGACGAACACUCCAACGUCGUCCGCCAUGAACUUGUUCGAAAAUGUCAGCUUAUCCACAAUUGAAAUAAUCCGAAACAAUGGUUAUGACGUUGAGGUCCACAAUGUUAUCACGGCCGACGGUUAUAUCUUGGAGUUGCAUCGUAUACCCAGGAGUAAGAGCGGACAGGAACCCACCAGAAACCACCCGGUGUUCAUCCACCAUGGCAUUCUCGGGACAUCGGCUGAUUGGGUACUCGCUGGAGCUGAAAUGUCUUUACCCAUGCAACUCGCCGAUGCCGGAUACGACGUGUGGUUGGCAAACUGCCGCGGUAAUACUUAUAGUAGAAAACAUAUUUCGAUGACUUUCAAGCAAAAAGCUUUUUGGAAUUUCAGUUUACACGAAGUCGGCUACUAUGAUUUACCAGCUUCUAUCGAUUAUAUUCUGUCAAUAUCAAAAACUUCACAGCUCCACUACAUAGGUUAUUCCAUGGGCAGUUGUGUAUUUUUCAUUAUGGGUUCAGAGAGACCCGAAUAUCAGCCAAAAAUCAGAUCGCAAAUUAGUCUUGCACCUGUAGCCUUCUUGUCGAAUACAAGAUCGUCUCUGAGAUUUAUUGCUCCGUAUGCAAAAACAAUGAAUAUCGUAUUUCAAAGGAUAUGGAAAGGGAUGUUAAUGCCACAAUCGGGUAUGCAAAGGUUUUUGGCGUCUACCAUAUGCAGAGAAAAAAUAACGCAGAAAAUGAUAUGUGAAAAAUGCAUCAUAUUUUCCGUGUGCGGCAGCGACCCGUAUCAAUUUGACACCAAAUUGAUUCCUCUCAUCAUGGGGCAUUUUCCGGCGGGAACAUCGUCCAAUCUCGCUGCCCAUUUUGCUCAGUUCAUACUGAAAGACACUUUCGGUCAGUACGAUUACGGCCGUGCCUUGAACUUGCGUUACUACAAUUCCACCGAGCCGCCCACUUACGAUUUGAAAUCCAUCCGAGUGCCCAUCACGUUGAUCUACGGUGAAAAUGACAUAUUAGCCGACACGACAGACGUGUUGAAACUUAAAGCCCAACUGCCCAUGGUCGUGGAUGCAUUUCCGGCCAAAAGCCCGUACUUUAACCACGUGGACUUCUUGUGGAGCUCCAGGGUCGUCGAACAGAUCAACGAUCCGGUCAAGGAAAUACUGCAGAAGACCGACGACCUUGGCUGGACGUACACGGGCCCCGCGGCCAACUCCAGCGCCGUGGCCGUGGACGCAAUCGUCCCUGCGAUCAAUCGGCCGCCUAUCCAGACGCUACAGCUGAACCCGCUGUCGGGUGUCGUCAACCCGGCGCCCAGCCUGGAGUUCUUCGCCGCGAACUUGGACGCGAUCAUCGCGAGCACUAUGCCGCGGCCGGUGGACGAGCGCGACGCGGCCGUGUUCGAACGGGAACGGGAACAGCAGCGACUGCUGUUCGGCGGCGUCAUCAAGUUCGCGCAAGCGGCCGAAAAGAAGUACGGACAGCUCCGGGAGGAGAUCACUAACGAGAUCACCGGCUGGGCCGACGACGUGGCUACCGGCGCCGAAUCACGCGUCAAGCAGACCGCCGUCCUGGUGAACGGCAAGAUCGUGUUAGCCGGGAACUCGGUGGCCGGGGCCGUGGGCAAAGCCGAGCACUUCGUGGCCGACGGCGUAGGCAAGGCCGAACAGACCGUGGCCGUCGGUAUCGGCAAGGCCCAUAAUUACGUCAACUACGGUCUGAACAAGGCAGACCGGGCCGUGAACAACGCCCUGAACGCCACCGUGGGCCGCGUCAGCAGAGUGUUUUGGUUCUGGAAGUGACGCGUUGGCUGCCUAUAAUAUUAUAGUCGACCACGCCGACCGCAAGUCUAGAAAAUAUUAUAUUGUUUUGUAGUAGUUAUCGCCGCCGCCACGCGGUCAUUUGUUUUACACUCGGACGUCCGGCGUGGKMCCAUACAUCUGCAAUUAUGAUAUUAUUAGUUAUACUAUUGCUUACCUAAACCGUACCGUUUAUCGUGUAAGUCAUUUUUUAUGAACAGUACCAACACGUGUAUUUGUAAUUUGUUUUUGUGUACAUUUUUUUAGUCUUCGAGUAAAGUUAUUUGAGACGUUAUAGUUACYGUGAUAGUUUUGUAAUCAUUUUUAUUAUUUUAUUGUCACGGACAAUAGAAUUUUCAAAUAUUAUUUUAUCAAUAAACACAAUAUUUAUACUAAAACUUUAUUUCCUGGUGCUUUUCGUUAUGUCUUGCGGCACUGU